AUGACAAUGUUUGUAGAGGGACAUUGGAAAGUUACAUUGGACAAGGAACAACGAUUUUAUCCACACCCUCAUCAAUACAAGUCAGAAAAUGGUCUUGUCAUUCCUCACCAACAGAGAAAGUUGCAGCAAAUUCUUUCUGGUAGAGAAAAUCCAGAAUGGAUUAAACAAUUAAAAUCAGAAUGGAGAAGAUUAGCUGCACAGCCUAUUAACAAUGCAUACAUAACUGAUUCCAAUCCUGAGACAUUAGAUGACUUGGUCAAAGAUCCUAAUGCUCUUUAUGAUGAAUUAAUAGAAUCAACAACAAAGGCACUCAAUCUUCUCCAAGAACAAAAAACAGCUGGAAACCUUCAUUGGAUAAGGGGGGUAACUGAAAAUGUGAUUAUGACAUUAUUGGCCUUGGAACAGCAACAACAAGGUUACAUGGAAUUGCCAAAGAAGCAGAUGCUUCAUUUCGACCAGUGGCAAAACAGAGGCGGAUCUGAUGGAAAGAAUCAGCCCUGGCCAAAUUUAAUAGUGGAGUUUGCAUAUGCAGAAUCGGAAGCGAAUGUCAAGGAUAAAGUUGAAAAGUAUUGGCUUAUGGAUGGCCGAGCUCAUGAUGCUAUUGUGAUUAAAAUAGAACCUAUCACAUCAGUUACAACACCACCUGCAACUCCAACGUGCAUGACUGCCUGGAAUUACUGCACAAAUAAUGUAACAGUUGUUGGUGUAUUAAAUCCCACAAUGUAUGAAUUCGGCUCAGUUGACCGCCCGGGAAAUCCAAUCAACCCACAACUUGGACAAAAUGUCAUCAAUAUUCAACUGGAGUGCCUCUAUCAUGGAGUACCUAAUGUUGUUAUUCCAUCACUUCCUCUACCUAACCCCAUUCCUAUCAAUCUGUUUUAUGUUAGGUUUGCUAUUGAGCAUUGUAUUGUUAGGUAG